AUGUCUCGAGUAACACAGGCUGUAGCUCUGAGGACUUCCAAAGCCCUUCUCAGGGGGCUUUCGAGGAAAAAUAUGAACAAGUUAAUCCGUAGAACUUAUUUCGUUGGGGGAACGAAGUCUACUCACAAUCAGCCGUUUCGCAAGUCUGGGUUGUUUGGUUCCGGGAAAGAACUGAACUUUGCCCUUGUCGGUGGUGGAUUACUAGUUUUGACGUAUUCUUACCUUUCGCCAAAUAAUGUGGUUUCACUGGAUACUGUUAAAGGAAUUCGUCAAUUUACCAGCAGUGCCAACGAUGGACGCAGUAAUAGUCAAGGAUCAGGUUCUGUUGGUAAUAGUGGUGGUGGGAAUGGUAACAAUGGUGGUGGUAGCGGUCAAGGAGAAUCCAUCAUGUUGUUAAGUGAUAAUGAAGUUAAUGCCAAACUAACGAACCACCAACAAUCUUAUUUAGUCGAAAGAGGUAAGGGUGUUCUUCGUUAUGAUAUUUCACAAUUGCCUUCCAACAACCCAAUAGAGGAUAACCAUGUGGAACAGAUUGUUACGGUACCAUCUACGACAGCAUCAGGACAAACUGAGGAAGAAGAUCUUUCAUUCUUUGGUGUAUUUGACGGACAUAGUGGGGCAUUUACGUCUAGCCGAUUGGCUAAAGAUUUAGUACAGUAUGUGGCACACCAAUUGGGACAGGUUUACUCCCAAGGAGCAGAUAUCUUGUCGUCAUCAGAAAAGAUGGAUGGUGCAAUCGAAAAAGGGUUUCUAACACUGGAUAACGAUAUCGUCUAUGGAUCUUUACAGGCACUCUUCCAGUCCCCAUCAAAGGAAACGAUGAUUGCAGCAUUACCAGCCAUAUCAGGUUCGUGUGCCCUGUUGAGUAUUUACAAUUCUGCAAAUUCCACAUUGAAAGUUGCAUUAACGGGGGAUUCAAGGGCAUUGUUGUGUGAAUUGGAUAGCGAAAACAAUUGGUUUGUAAAAUCGCUAUCAACAGAUCAAACUGGUGAUAAUCCAAGUGAGGUGGAAAGAGUACGUUCAGAACAUCCAGAUGAGCCUAACGCUGUGCGUAAUGGUAGGAUUCUUGGUUCUUUACAACCUUCGAGGGCAUUUGGUGAUUACCGCUACAAAAUCAAGGAUAUCGAUGGCAAAACUUUAUCAGAAUUACCAGAACAUUUGAGAAUCUAUUUCAGAUCUAAACCUCGUGAUUUCCUUACACCGCCAUAUGUAACCGCCAAGCCUGAAAUUACUACCACCAAGAUUGGUCCAAAUUCCAAAUUUAUGGUCAUUGGUUCAGACGGUCUUUUCGAAUUAUUGAGCAACGAAGAGGUUGCGGGAUUAGUUGUACGUUGGAUGGAAUCAAAUAUGUCACCUAAGGUGCCCUGUGCUUUUCCCAAGGGGAAGCUACCAGAGGUCAAAGAUAUCUCUACAGAUUCAGAAUCUAUGAGACCUGCAUUCCGUUACAAGCGUCAGCAGGGUAAGAAAAAUACCGCCGAAUACUUACUAGAGGACAAAAAUGUCGCUACCCAUCUCAUACGUAACGCCCUAAGUUCAGGUGGUAACAAGGAAUAUGUGUCUACACUGGUAAGCAUUCCAUCAUCACUCAGUAGAAAGUAUAGAGAUGAUCUGACGGUAACUGUAGUAUUUUUUGGAGAACCAAGUGGGCAACAACCAUCUAACGUCGAUGGUACCAUAAUACUAAAUAAUGAUGCCACUACGCAACCAAAACCAAAGCUUUAA